AUGUGCUCCAGCGACUGGCAACACUCGACCCAGUACCCGCCCACCGUCUCUCCACCCCUGGCCCUCGACCCAGUACCCGCCCACCGUCUCUGCACCCCUGGCCCUCGACCCAGUACCCGCCCACCGUCUCUCCACCCAUGGCCCUCGACCCAGUACCCGCCCACUGUCUCUCCAUCCCUGGCCCUCGACCCAGUACCCGCCCACUGUCUCUCCACCCCUGGCCCCUCGACCCAGUACCCGCCCACCGUCUCUCCACCCCUGGCCCUCGACCCAGUACCCGCCCACCGUCUCUCCACCCCUGGCCCUCGACCCAGUACCCGCCCACCGUCUCUCCAUCCCUGGCCCCUCGACCCAGUACCCGCCCACCGUCUCUCCACCCCUGGCCCUCGACCCAGUACCCGCCCACUGUCUCUCCGCCCCUGGCCCCUCGACCCAGUACCCGCCCACCGUCUCUCCGCCCCUGGCCCCUCGACCCAGUACCCGCCCACCGUCUCUCCGCCCCUGGCCCUCGACCCAGUACCCGCCCACCGUCUCUCUGCCCCUGGCCCUCGACCCAGUACCCGCCCACCGUCUCCCCCCCCCCUGGCCCUCGACCCAGUACCCGCCCACAGUCUCUCCACCCCUGGCCCUCGACCCAGUACCCGCCCACAGUCUCUCCGCCCCUGGCCCUCGACCCAGUACCCGCCCACCGUCUCUCCGCCCCUGGCCCUCGACCCAGUACCCGCCCACCGUCUCUCCGCCCCUGGCCCUCGACCCAGUACCCGCCCACCGUCUCUCCGCCCCUGGCCCUCGACCCAGUACCCGCCCACCGUCUCUCCGCCCCUGGCCCUCGACCCAGUACCCGCCCACAGUCUCUCCACCCCUGGCCCUCGACCCAGUACCCGCCCACCGUCUCUCCGCCCCUGGCCCUCGACCCAGUACCCACCCCUGGCCUGCCCCUUCAGUUCCUUAGAGAGGUUGUCCUAA